AUGACAUCUACAUAUGACUUCAUAGUCGUUGGUGGUGGACCAUCAGGAUGCGCAAUAGCAUCCACUCUAGCGAAAUCUCCCAAGAAACCGACUAUACUUCUACUAGAAGCCGGAGGCAAGAACGAUAACCACAAUUUCCGUGUGGAUGGGCAGCGAUGGACGACAUUCUUCAACCAGGAGAUGAACUGGGGAUACAAGACAACUCCCCAGGAGCAUUGCGGUAACCGAGAAAUAGACCUUCCGGGAGGACGUGGGCUAGGAGGCGGGAGCGCCGUCAAUUUCGCUGGGUACAGCGUCGGCUGCCGAGAUGAUUACGAUGAAUGGGCAAGGAUCGUAGGCGACGACGACUUCCGAUGGGAACGCAUGCAAACUCGGUUUAAGAACUUGGAAUCGUUCAACGGCGAACCACCAUCGGGAAUCGACAAGAAGUACGCCGCACCCAAAGCCACAGAUCACGGUACAUCCGGUCCCCUGAAGGUCGGGUAUGCCAAGGAAUGCGUUGAAGAUCUCACUGAGAUGCUCGACUGCUUUGAGCAAGCUGGAUUUCCGUUAAAUUCAGACCACAACUCGGGAAAUCCGAUCGGGAUGUCGGUAGCCAUCAGUUCCUGUCAAAACGGCGUCCGUUCCACCGCGGCAGAUCUGAUAACGCCGGCGCCGGAUAACUUGACCGUCAUCGUCAACUCUCUAGUGCAACGAGUAAUCAUCGAAAACAAAAAGGCAAUCGGAGUAGAAUCAAACGGAAAGAAGUACUUCGCAUCAAAGAAAGUCAUCCUCUGCGCAGGCGCCCUCAACAGCCCCAGGAUCCUCAUGCACUCCGGCAUCGGGCCGGCCUCCCAACUAACCGAGUACAAAAUCCCCAUCACCCACGCCAACGAAGCCGUGGGCCAAAACAUGCGGGACCACCUAUGCGUGCCAAUCGUGCACAGCCGCAAAGAGCCCGGCAGCUCCAGCGCCUCCUUCUACGGCUCCACCCAAGCAAUGGACGCCGCCAUGGAGCAAUGGAAGAAAGACGGGACCGGGCCGUGGGCGAUCCACGGCAGCCAGGCCGGGAUCGGGUUUUUCAAAAUGGCGAAUAUCGCAGAGACGAAAGAAUUCCAGGACCUGCCGGCGGAAGAACAGCGGUUCAUCCUGCUGGACACAGUGCCGCAUUACGAAGUCGUGACGCAUUUUCCCGCGCACUGGUUCGACCCGACGUUACCGACGUUGAAUUACCACGGCAUCGUGACGUGGUACUUCAACGCGCAGAGCCGGGGAGAAAUCACGCUGCAGUCGUCGGACCCGGACGUGCCGCUGAAAUUCGACUCGAAGUUCCUGACUGCGCCGUUUGACCGACGGGUAGCGAUUGAGUCGUUACGCGCGGUCUUGCGGUUUACGGAGCAUGAGUCGUAUGCGAAGAACACGGUCGCGAUGCUGAGUGGUCCGAAAUCGGAUUCUGACGAGGAUAUUAUGGAGCAUUGGUCUCAGAAGGUUAUUUCGAGCUUGCAUAUGACGGGGACGGCAAGGAUGGGGAAGCCUGGGGAUUCGAAUGUGGUUGUGGAUAAUAACUUCAGGGUCAUUGGUAUCGAGGGUCUUUGCGUGGCUGAUUUGAGCGCCGUGCCUGUCUUGCCAAGCGCCCAUGUGCAGGCGGCUGCUUAUGUUACGGGAAUCACUUGCGCGGAGAAGUUGGUGAAGGAAUUUGGCCUUGAGUGA